UAUUUGCUGUCGAGCGAGUAGAGAGCACUUUCUUUGGGAGUUUAACAAUCCAGCGCAACUAUUGUUUAUUUAUGAGAGAGCGCCAGUCGUUGGAAAAUUGAGUGAUUAAACGCCCAGAUCAAGACCAGAGAACUAACUAAGCAACCAAUAGGCCAUCAUGGGUAACGAGACCUCCCUGCCCAUGGACAUGUGCUCCAACUUCGAUGCGGACGAGAUACGCCGCCUGGGCAAGCGAUUCCGCAAGCUGGAUCUGGACAACUCGGGAGCCCUGAGCAUAGACGAGUUCAUGUCGCUGCCGGAACUGCAGCAGAAUCCGCUGGUGCAGCGGGUCAUCGAUAUCUUCGAUGCGGACGGCAACGGGGAGGUGGACUUCAAGGAGUUCAUCCAGGGCGUGUCGCAGUUCAGCGUGCGCGGCGAUAAGCUGUCCAAGCUGCGAUUCGCCUUCCGCAUCUACGACAUGGACAAUGAUGGUUACAUCUCGAACGGGGAACUGUUCCAGGUGCUCAAGAUGAUGGUGGGCAACAAUCUGAAGGAUACACAGCUGCAGCAGAUCGUGGACAAGACCAUUUGCUUUGCGGACAAGGACGAGGAUGGCAAGAUAUCGUUCGAUGAGUUCUGCUCGGUGGUGGGCAACACCGAUAUCCACAAGAAAAUGGUUGUCGAUGUUUAGGAGCCACAUACACAUAAGUACUAUAUACAUUCAUAUGUACAUAUAGUAUCAUAUGUACUGGGUUCCGUAAUGAGUAUGUGUGUGUGUGUGUGUGUACCUUCCCUUCCUUGAAACCUGUUCAGCUUUAUAAUAAACGGUCUGUCUGUGAGUCUGUUAGUCUGUGAGGGCGUUUGAGGCGUGCCAAAAACGAAGCAGUUUACUCAAUUUAUUGAUGAUGACACCUAUCGCAUAUAGUACACGUUAAUCCAAAAACCUGAUCGAUCUCUCAUCCACAGAAUGCAAUGAAUUGUGUCUUAUACUCAUAUACUUGAAACCACCGGCAACGGACCACUCACCACUAAAAAAAAACCAAAAAAAAAGCUCAUCUAUUCUAUGAAUCAUGCUCUCCAUGACUUUCCAUGCCCCAUUCGAAAUGCCAUACCUUCGAGGUUCGAACAUCCCUGCGAUUGCGAUCGCUCGCAUCAUCUUAAACUAGUUUGUACUAUGUAUAUCCUAAC